CAAAAGCACGUCAUGCUUCGACAAGAGCAGCAGUAGCAGCGGAUAUCUAGCCUAGGCUCUCUCGCAGCACACAGUCGUUUCAACGGAUACUCUAUUCUAUGAGCCAUGGCGAUCGCCGAGACCUGCAGUCAGGACGAUCGCAAGCUGGAAGUUGCGGUGGUUCAGCAAAAUGGAAACCACUUGACCCAGAAAGAACUGGCCAUACCUAUGAAGGAUGUCAAAGAUGACGACGAGGGAGACGAAGACACGGCUUACGUGGAGAUGAUCGUACCCCCCGAUGGAGGGUGGGGUUGGGUCAUCGUAGCAGCUUCGUUCAUGUGUAAUCUCGUUGUGGAUGGGAUUAUGUUUAGUUAUGGUGUCUUCUUCGAUCACAUCAAGCAACACUACAAUGCAACGAGUGCUCAAGUCUCCCUAGCCGGUUCAUUGCAGACUGGAUUCUACCUCAUGGCCGGUCCAUUCGUCUCGGCUCUGGCCAACAGAUAUGGAUUCCGAUUGGUUUCGAUUCUUGGCGCAUUCAUCGCCUGCAAUGCCUUUUUGCUGUCGUACUUUGCCAACUCGAUCGAGCUGCUGUACGUCUUUUACGGAAUUAUCGGUGGCAUCGGCGCAGGAUUGAUUUACGUGCCAGCCGUCAUAACGACCGGCUUCUACUUCGAAAAAUGGAGGGCUCUGGCUACCGGAAUAUCGGUCUGCGGCUCGGGCAUCGGCACUCUGGUCAUGGCACCCAUUUCCCAAGCUCUCAUUGCACACUUGGGCUGGCGAGGAGCGAUCGUUGUUCAAGCUGGUAUGUUGUUGAACUGUGCCGUUUUCGGUGCCAUGUUCCGUCCUCUCAAACCGACGAAAGUCAAAGCAGACGUGUCGAUCGAAACGGAUAAUCCGGCGGUCGAAGUCAAGACGACUGUGUUGAGGAAGGGUCAGUCGACUACCUCGUUACACGCAAGUCAGCCACUAAGGAGCAGAUUUUUCGGUACAAACAACAAUACCGAGUAUCCGACUGCCGCCGACAUCGUCAACAACAGCAGCCGAUCGUUGCAUACUCUUCACAAAAUGCCGGAUAUGCACAUACUUGAUCGACAUAAGAGCAAUUCCGAAAAGAGACUAUCGGUACCAAUUUAUCCCGAGGAAGAAAUCAUUCCGGACGAGGACUUGAAAUUGGCCGAAGAGGAGAACAAUUUAUUGGACGGUGAUGCCGAUAGGCUCAAUGGAAAAGUGCCAAUGAUUCAUAGGAACGCGAUAAGUGAUCGUCGCAGCCGAGCUGAUUCGGUCACGAGUCACAGAUCUUCCAAGCGUAAUUCCAUUGUCAAAGACCCGCAGAGACCCUUUUACAGAGACGAUAUCUUUUAUGGAGGUUCUCUUAGCCGACUAUCUCACUACAAGUCUCAGAUGUCAUCGGUGGGCUACCACAUGUCCGUUACAAGGUUACCGACAACUCAAGAUCUCGCUGAAGAACAAAGUGGAAAAUGCGUUUUGUGCCCCGAGGGCGUUCGAAGAAUCUUGUCAACUAUGUUGGACGUCAAUCUUUUGAAAAGUCCUUCACUUUUGAUUCUGGCCCUCAGCGGUUGUCUGACUAUGAUGGGUUUCUACACUCCUUUCGUUCACAUCGACAAGAGAGCAGGGAGAGCUGGUAUCGACAGUAAUACGGCAACUCUGCUGAUAUCCGUUAUUGGUAUUGGCAAUACAAUCGGACGUAUCGGUCUGGGCUACGUCAGCAGUUUGCCAGGUGUUGAUGCCCUGAUGGUCAAUAACAUCUUCAUCACAUUAAGCGGUAUCCUUACGAUUGCGUCUGGAUGGUCAAUGAGUCAAGGCUACCAGUUCUUUUACGCAGCUGCCUUCGGUCUCAGUGUUUCCGUAUUUGCGUCGCUAAGGUCGAUCAUCGUCGUGGAUUUAAUGGGACUGGAGAAGCUGACGAAUGCCUUCGGACUACUUCUUCUUUUCCAGGGUGUGGGCGCCGUUGUAGGAUCACCCAUAGCCAGCGCGUUCGUGGACGGUACAGGUUCGCAUACAUUGGCGUUUUAUUUCGCCGGCACGAUCAUCAUACUCUCGGCUGUCAUCUGCUACCCGUUGCACAGGAUAAAUGAAAAAGAAAAGAGGCAGCAGGCUUUACGAGAAGUUCCAAUACUUCUCAAGACGUGAUAAUACCAAAUAUAGAAGAGAAAACUCAUCAGCGAGCUAUGGUUAACUAUCUCGGAUAAUAGACCUAGUAAUUUUUACGAAAUCGACGAGUUCCAUGCCUUUUAUAUAUAAAAUACUUAUAUACAUACACUCUACCGCUCUUAUACACUCGGACUUUCGAAGUGAAUAGUCAAUUAUUGAGGAUUGUUUGAAAAAAAUCCAAGUGCCAUUAGUCAUCGCCUUAAUCACGUGCAUUAAACAGAUUUCAAAUAAAAUAUCGAGCGGACGUGGGACCGCGCUUAGGUUAAAUAACAAACUGAUAUGUACAUAAUUUUUAGAAUUGUGCGCAACUGUCCGGCCGCUAAAAGCUGUUCGGAUAUUACGGAGUAGUAGCGUAAUCUUAUUAUAUCAUAAAUAAAAAUAUUUUUAUCUUUACUGAAAAAAUAACAACAAACGCCAUAUUUACAGAAACGAUAAUAGAUACAUACGUAAACGUAUAAAUAUAUAUAGAUUCAAUUUGCCAAAUGGCCUCUUUUCGAAAGAGGGACACCGAAUAUACAUUACCGACAAUCGUUUAUUUUUUGCGAAGGAAACAUAUCAACUGCGAGCUUCGAGCAAUCUCAAACGCGAACACAGCUGCUUGAAAAAUAUAUACUAUUAGGAUAAAGUUUAUAUACAUAACGCACGAGCGCAAUUUUUUCCUCGAGAUAAACUGGUCGUUUUCUGAUUGAGCUAAAACAUACAUUUUCAUGCAAUUCAGUUGAAUCUUGUUUUAUCCGAAUCUGAAAAUUUUGCGCUCGAGUGUUUUUUUAUAAUCAGUGUACAUAAAUAUAUCAUAUUUACAUGGAAACAUUUGGUGAUGACUAUCAGCUUUAUACCUGACUAAAUGGCUGUAAGUCUUGGAUUACCAAGCACGAUUGAUUAUUUUACCUGAUUAGUACUCGUAAAUAUGCUGCUAGUAUAGCUUUAUUAAAUGAAAAUCGAUUAGUCAUUCAAUUUUUUUUUUUUUUAAAUAUAUUAAUGAUUUUGCAUAUAAUCAUGU